AUGUCUGGUGUCGAACUGGUCCGAUUGUUCACGCCAUCCUGUCGCGUCAACAUCAGCGCCCACAGCAUCAAUACUCAUCACACCCCCCGGACUCUGAAUGAGCCGGCAGUUGCUGCUACCAUGGACCCGGGCCAAAUGGAACUCGUCGUCGAUGGAGUCAGGAUCGAUGAGCCAAACGGACACGCGAUCCCGAACGUGCCGGUCCAUCUCUCGACCGCCGGCGAACAGCCUGCGGGACUGCAACACGCUGCAGAACCUCAACGCGCUGCGCAAUGGCAACUGGCCGCGCAACGGCGACACGACGCGGAAGAGCUAGGCGACGAGGAAGAGGAAGACGACGAUGAAAAAUGGCCGUACUGGAAGCUAGAGCAGCAGUACGACUACUCCUUGGAGCAAUUGAUGGAGAAAAAACAGGACCUCGCCAUCGCGCACGAGGAGCUGGAGAUGGUCAAGGACAGACUGGCCGAGGCCCGGCGAGAGCUGCGGGAGCUCAAGGGCGAGCCGGAGCCCGACGAACAGCCGUUCGAAGAAUCCGAUCCUAGCACCCCGUCAUCGCCGAUGGACCCGCGGUUGCGGCGCGCCCACGCAAUUUUGCGCGACAAGCGGAUGCAACUGGGUUGGGCGAGGGACCGGCUGGACGUCGCGUGGUGCGAGCUCAAGCCGGCCCUGGAAAAGCUCGCGGCGCUCAAGCAGGAGCUCAAAGAAGCACGCGAGCAGGGGAGCCGGAUCGAGGCACUCCAGGAGGAGGCCGAGGAAAGGGCCGCGGACCUGCAACAGCAGGUCACUGACUUGACGACCGAGCUGGAGCGGGCGCGGGGCGAGGUGCGGGCGUGUAAUGAGGACUUGAGGGACACGGCGUUGGAACUGAUCAAGACCAAGGAGGAACUGGAGGCGGCGAACCGGAAGAUUAAGGCUAUGGAAAGUGGUAACACUAGUAAGUAG